AUGCCCAUCUAUGCUGCAUUGUUCUGGAUGACUGAUGCUCGCAACGCUAUUGGCUAUCUAAAAAUACCUGGCGUGGGAGCCAUCACCAUGUGUUUGGUCAGCGGUCUGAUUUGUGAUGAUCACCUGUUAAGGGACCUAAUGACUGAGGAUCAGGAGUUCAACUGGUUAACUGUUUACUAG